GGCCCAAUCCGGUCCCAUGCCCGUGCACGUGUCGUGCCCUCCCAAAGGGCCAACGGUAGCGCGGUAUGAGAGAGGAGUGGCAGUUAGUGUGUGGGAGGAAGCGUAGUAUUCGUUUCACGCAAUUCUGGUUGUCCCGUCGAGUUGUUAGCCCCUACCUGUUGCUUGCAAUGUCGGCGCCCUUUUGCCCGACUCCUCGGCCGCCAUCGCUCGGCACGCUGCCGCGUCCGUGUCGUUUGGCCCAUCUCGCCCGUCGUGUCGUGGACUUCGGGCCGUGCAAGCGGUUCUGUCAGACGUCCGCCCUAGUGACCGGUGAAGGACACCGGCUUAUGUUGAAUACUCUCGAUCUGCUACACGAGGUAUGCCUGUGCGUGUCGUGUUGUCGGUCCGUCAAGUGUGUCUCGUGGUUGUCUCAGAGCGGGUACUCGAUGAGUGAUAUCGUCUAUAUCUUGGCGCAAGCCGCCUGCCAGCUUGACGAGUGUUUCAGACUCUUCCGUCCCGGCGGUCAGCGAGAGCGUAUGCUGGCUUGUCUUGUGCAUACCUUUCUUGCACAUUGCUUGCUUGAAGACGAGACUCUCUCGCUUUCGACCUGGUAUACCCGUCUGGUAAGUAUGGCCCCGUCUGGCGCGUAUGGCUGUAAUCGCUGGGCUACACAGCUUGAAUCGCUGCUUCACUGUACUGUGUAUUUCAGGCAACUUCCUACUGCUCAUUGUCUACUUUCGAGAAGUCUUCCUUCCGCCUGUUAACGCUUCAGAGCUGUCGUCUGUAUGUGGCCGAUGAGAUCGUAUUGGCACGGGCCGCGUACUUUCGAUGUAAUUCCUCCUGGCACGACCCGUCCCUCAUUGUUGUUCUUUCGUAUUUCCCUUAUGCAGUCGACAGGCGGGCAAGGCCGCCGGAGGCUGACGGGGAUGAUGACCUUAUGAGCACGGGUCUAACGGUAAGAUUCCACCCUUCGUGCGGAGACACGUUAGUUAGACAAGCCUGUCAUUCAGGUGUCUGUGAUUGGUCCCUUCGGUCGAAGCCUGCCGCUCUUCAGCGAUGCGUAAAGGGGCUGCUAUUUUGGUGUCGCGCUUGGCGGCAAAAAGAGCGUCCGUGGGUAGAGGGAGGUGACCUGCAUAGAUUGACGGUAACCGGGUGCAACAGCGACUGAUACGAAGUGUGCGUGUAAUGUGAGAGUAUCCCUUAAGUGCAUGUUCGCUCA